AUGACUUCUCCCACUAUGUCGGAUCUCCAAGGACUGCGUGAACUCCUCUCCAGCCCGGAACUCGGCCAACAACAUCUCUUCAAUGGAUGGCCAAACACACCAGAGGAAUACAACGAGGAACAAAAACAACUUCUCAAAGAACUCUGGGACUUUGGACGUCACUAUGAUGGUGGAGUACCACAGUAUAUACGCACAGGAAAACGUUUACUCGCCGGUAUCCAAACACCACAAUCAGACAUUAUUGGAUUAAAUCAACCCACAUAUGCCUACAAUGCCCCAUCUCUGAUACCAGAAGAAGGAGAUGCCCAUACAAGUGAAAAAUCAACACUUAUGAAGAUGGAGCGGGAGGGAUUACAACUAUUACAACGCUCUAUUAUUGUACUCGUCGCUGGUGGACUUGGUGAACGUCUUGGAUUCGCCGGUGUUAAAGUGGGUUUGCCUGUGGAGACCGCCACACAUCACUGUUAUCUUUCUCAUUAUCUUUCAUGGUUUCGGCAAUGUGUUGGAAAAGAUGCACCAUUUGUGAUCAUGACCUCUGAUGACACACAUGAACGUACAAAAACUCUUCUUCAGGAGUUAAACCAUGGAAUGAAUAAUAUACAUUUGUUAAAGCAAGAAAUGGUAUUUUGUUUUGGUGAUACGGCGGCACAUUUGGCUAUGGAAAAUGGUAAACUCUUACGAAAACCUCAUGGUCAUGGUGAUGUACAUUCACUUCUUUAUCAAGCAACGAAUCCAAAUUCAGGAAAACGUCUUGUGGACCAAUGGAUGGAAGAAGGAUAUGAAUAUAUUGUUUUUAUGCAAGAUACGAAUGCCAUGUCAACUCUUACUAUUCCAGUAAGUCUUUCUAUGAGUGCCCAACACAAGUUAUCCAUGAAUUUUACGUGUAUACCUCGUAUACCAAAAGAAGCUAUUGGUCUUCUUUGCAAUGUUCGUACCCGUGAAUCCGAUAUGGAGCGUACAGUGAAUAUUGAAUAUAAUCUAUUUGAAUCUGUGGCGGCUUCUUUAAUAAAAGGUGGAGGAGACUCUGCCGCUCCAGGUUCCCCUUAUUCUCCAUUUCCAGGAAGUAUCAAUACACUUGUACUGAACUUUAAGGAUUACGUUCCUCUUCUCACUCAAUCCCGUGGUACUGUUCCAGAGUUUAUUAACCCAAAGUUUACAGAUGAAACCAAAACAAAGUUUAAACCAUGUCGUAUUGAAUCCCUCAUGCAGGACGUGGCACUUUUAUUUGAUCCAUCUAAACAUCGUGUGGGAGCUACCACCUUUACACGUCUUACAUAUCAACCAGUGAAGAAUGCUUUACUAGAAGGAGUGAAGAAAACAUUACAAGGAUUGGAUGCUCACUGUGCAGCUACAGGUGAAGAGGGAUUUUAUGAGAUAAUGCGCCAACGCUUUCAAAGUGCGGGAUUAAAAUUACCUUCACGCUUGAAUGAUGCCUUUGAUGUGGAAGUGGCGAAUACACUGAAGGUUCGUCUUUUCCCUAUUAUUGUUGCUGAUGCGAUGGCAAUGGGAGUUUCAUUGGAGGAAAUUACACAACGGUUACUUCCUCAUCCGGAGAAAGUAAAGAUAAGCGAACGGAGUGUCUUAAUAGUGGAAGGCCGUGUUCGUAUUGAAAGUCUUACUCUCGAUGGGGCCUUACGUCUUGUUGGACCAGUAGAUGAAAGUGCCGCACCACUGGUUAUUCGGGAUUUGACUGUUAAAAAUAACGGCUGGUCCGUUAGACCAACUCGCGAAGGUGUGGAUACAAAGGAAAUUGAUAAGAUUCGGGGAUUUAUAUUUGAAGAACAUGAGAUGCAAACAGUUAAUUACGCAAAACUGUAA